GCUGGAGCAGGGCACGCUGUCCGGCGAGUCGGCGGGGGCAGUUCUGUCUAUCCUCGACUGGGAGGUGCUGGCGGAAUUCAAGAACAAAGUAGCAGACAAGGCCAAGGGCGUCGGUGCCGCGGCGGCGAUGGGCAGGGGCUCGGGGGCCCAGCUGGGCAAGCCUGCGAAGGGGGGCGGCAAG